AUGCCGAGGCUGCCAAAGGAUAAGACCUGGAAUGAAGUCGUGGAAACACAUCAAAAACUUCCUACUAAUCAAUUAGACUUGAGAAAGCAGCAAGAGGCUGUGUGGGAACUCUUCACGAGUGAAUGCACUUAUUUCUUGGACCAUUUAUUAGUUCUUAAGAUGAUCUUCAUGAAUACGUUAAAAUACCUACAGACUCAUGACUAUCUCCUGGAUGUGGAUUUAUGGAGACUUUUUGCAAACCUGGAGGAGUUAAGUCAGACAAGCUUUGGUUUUGUAAGUCUUUUCCACAUCUUCAAGGACUAUGUCGACACUUCUGAGACUUUACCAUCGUUGGAUUUCAUUUCUGUGCUCACAAAGUAUUUCCAAGGAAGCCUGUGUCAGAGCCACCAGACCUACUGCCUGAAUUACUCAGCUGCUGUCUUUUAUCUUGAGAGUCUGAGGCAGAGAGGGGACUUCGGAAUUUAUUUAAAAUGGUGUGAGGACAAUGAACAGUGUAGACGCCUUCACCUACCUGAGCUCCUAGUGGCCCCACUACACAGGCUGACUCGAUACCCCUUGUUGCUGAAGAGCAUCUGGAAAAGGAGUACAGACUCUACGAAGAAAAUCAUGAUCUACUCCAUCAAGGAAAAGGUGGAAAAGUCAAUCGGGGAUCUUGAAGGAAAAGUGAAGUGGCUUGACAAUUUUCAAAACUGCAGACAUCUACAGGAGAUUAUAGUGUGGCCUCCACUUUGGGAUAGAGAUGAAAGGUUUUUCAUUCCAGAGUGCCUGAAACACGUUUUUAAAGAACACGUGGCAGAAAACAUCCUGUCAGCAACCAACAGACACCUUCUCUAUGAAGGAAAAUUAACUCUUGCAGAAAGCACAAGAUUCCUAGAUGUUUAUCUGUUUCUCUUUGAUGAUUUCCUCUUAGUUACGAAAACUAAGCGCAACAAAAAGAAACUUGGAGGCUCAGACCCGGGUUUAAUGUGCCCUUCACUUAUUCCUGAGCUACAAACAGCAAUCAAAGAAGGUGGUUCAUGUAUGGUACUCGAUCAGCCCAUUCCACUAGACAGAUUGGUUGUCAGAGGUCUCGAUCCACUCCACAUGUCAGUCUUUGGGCUGAGAAACUCUUUCCUCAUACAACAUGAAAACAGCUAUCAACAGUGUAUAGCAGCAUUCUUAUUACAAGCCCAAACAGAAAACAUCAAGAAAACAUGGAUUGCACAAUUAACAGCAGCAAUCUCUUGCUUCACCGAGAGUCAGGAAACCAAGAUGAUGUCCAUAUUCACUUUGCCUGCAGAAUCCUCGGAAAUUUAAGGACCCAAAACAAGUGGCACACCUUUUUACACGUUGGGGAUUAAGGAAGCAUUUAUUGGUUCAACAUUUAGGCAUCACACACUGUGUCACGUUCUAGGGAUAUAUAUAUAAAGAUGAAUUAUAUACAUUCCCUGCUUUAAGGAAGUCACAGUCUGGAAGAACAUAAUGACAUAAAGAGAAUUUUCACUUCACUGAGGGUGCAAAAUUUACAGUUAAACGCCACUUCUACCUUUCCUGGAAAACAAAGAAUAGCACACAGCAUAGCCAGUUUGAAAUAUACAGUCAACAAAUUUUAGUAUUUCAUAAAUAAUCCAGCAGAUGGGGCUAAAGGCAUAGAUCAAGCCAGCUGGUCUUGCAUUCUACUGGUGUCUUGGUAUACACUAUCAGCCCACAGAUGGCAGCCUUGACUUACGUGUCAUGUUACAAGGUUCUGAACGUCUCCCUUUCUCUCUUAUACAUAAGGUCAUAUAAUAGUCACUGAAGCAAAAGAAUGGCUGAUCCAUUAUUCUGGCCUAUUAUAAAUAUUAUUUGAACUUUCCUAGGAAUUUCUUUUUUAAAAAAUUAAGUAGUUCAGCUACCUGUCAUUUUGGAAGGAUUAACGUCCAAAUAUCCUAUUUCAUAAAAAAAUAAAACAGGAUAUUUUGUCAAUAUCCUAUUUUAUAAAAAUUUGUCAAUAUCCUAUUUUAUUAAAAAAUUUCAAUAUCCUAUUUUAUAUUUGUCAAUAUCCUAUUUUAUAAAAAAAAUUCUAGUGAAAUGAUGGUAAAACAAUAAAGGGCUACUGGUCUUCCCCAGUGGCAUAGUGGUUAAGAAUCUGCCUGCCAAUGCAGAGGACAUGGGUUCGAGCCCUGGUCCGGGAAGAUCCCACAUGCUGCAGAGCAACU